UUCUACUCACCAGUGGGCUAAAUAUGAAAAUAAAUUAGGGUUUUUUUUUUCUUCGCAUAUAAAUUCAGCAAACAAAUAGCUCUAAACCUCUUUUGCAGCAGCCUCUCUUUCUCAUCUUGUGAUUUGAGUGUUUCGGGAUUCUUGUUGGUUUAAGCAAUUUGCAAAGAUGCAGAAUGAAGAGGGUCAAAACAUGGAUCUUUACAUCCCCAGAAAAUGUUCGGCCACUAAUAGGCUGAUCACCUCGAAGGAUCAUGCCUCUGUUCAGAUUAAUGUUGGACACUUGGAUGAGCUUGGCAGAUACACCGGAACAUUCUCCACUUUUGCACUUUGUGGCUUUGUUCGUGCCCAGGGUGAUGCUGACAGUGCACUUGAUAGGCUUUGGCAGAAGAAGAAAGCCGAAGUCCGUCAGCAGUAGUGGAACAUGGGAGGGGAAAAUGUUUUUGUCAAUGACUAUUAAAUUCUAGUUUGUUUCUUUUAAGGAUUAUGUUGAACUUGGUUUGUGGA